AUGAACGCGAUGUCAAUCGGUAUUCGAGCGAUCCUGGCAUCCUCAGGGACAUUCUUGGCACUGCUAUGCUUCUUCGCAGCUGCAGUGGUAGCCAAGAAUGAGAAUGGGAGUAGACAAGCUUUAUGCUCGAAUGCAGUACCUCUCUCGGUAUCCGCUCAAUGUCCGACCACUGGCACUCCACGGGAAAUCGAGAAGUCUCGACUCCUCAAAAGGAUCGAUCGCAAAAGGGGAAGGUGGGAUAAGCAUCAUCCCCGAUGGGAACUACUCGACGCUCUUAAUGCCUACGACGCAUACGAGCAGCACGCAGGAGAGGAGAUAAAACGGUUCGAGGGGCUGUAUAAACACGUUCCCACAAAGCACAAGAAGAUUCUUGACUCAACCAUCAAAUAUAAUGAGAACUUUGGUCUUACCCGAUCUACGAUCACGGUCAACGCGCAUCUCUGUCKAGAAAUUGUCGACCAUGGGCUAUCGUUCUACAAUAUUUCACGAGCCGAGCUCAGCGCCUUCGCAAAGGAAACCUCCAAGACCACCAAAUCCGCAGUCCACCGUUCUCACGUAAGCCAAGCUCUCAAACACAUGGUCCGAGACUGGUCACACGAAGGCCACGCAGAGCGAGUCGGCACAUUCCCUUACUUCAUGGACGCUCUGACCACUCGCCUCCCCUCCUCCGGACAAGAAACCUACUCAGUCCUCGUCCCCGGCGCCGGCCUCGGAAGUCUUGCCCACGAGAUAGCCCAUCUAGGCUCUUACAUCCACGUCACGUCAAACGAGUUCUCCGCAUACAUGAACCUCGCAUACAGAUACCUAGCGUCCUUUACCACAACAUCCUACCAACCACUAAAGAUCCACCCUUUCAUCGAACCCUGGUCCCAUGCUCGAACGCGAGGAGACCUCUUCCGCUCCGUCACAAUAGACUCCUCUCCAUCUCUCAUUGGAGGGACCAAUACCCUCUUAGUUGAAGGAGACUUCACCUCUCUCUUCCCCUCACACGAGAAAUACGACGCAGUCGCAACGCUCUUCUUCAUAGAUACAGCGCGGAACAUUGUCGACUAUCUCGAGAAAAUCUAUCACAGUUUGAAACCUGGAGGGAUGUGGGUGAAUGUGGGUCCGCUAUUGUACGGGACAGCUCCAUUUGUGCAAUUGUCGCUCGAUGAGGUUAUCAGUGUGGCGGAAGCGAUCGGUUUUAUCUUUGAACACAGAGGUGAAAGGGAUGUGCUGUAUAAUUUCAAUCAGAGUACACUCUACAAGCAUGGAUACGUGGCCCAGUUUUGGGAAGCGAGGAAGCCGGUGGAGAUAGAGGCUGAGGGCCAAGCAUGGUGGUAG